UGGUAGAGAUGGUUGGAAAGAACCGGACCUGGUUUCAGUUCAGUCAGAGACCGGGGGCAAACAGACAACCCAAAUUGGGGGUUCUAUUCAAAGCCAGCUGGUCUGGCUUUAUUACAUGCAGGACAUCUAUUUAAGGUCAUUUGUGGCCUUUUGUUUUCUUUUUAUCCAUUAUCACGUUUGUUUGUUUUUUUCUCUUUUUCAACUUUUUUUUUUACCUGUUUGAUUCAGUCGGGCCUCAGCUGGUGCUGGAGGGUGUAGCUUCCUGGAGAAGCAGAGAAAAGGCACGGGUGCUAACCAAAUGACGACCUCAAGCACUGGGAACACUGAAAGGACCUCUUCAGUGAACUUCUCGCAAACAGCAUAGAAAGCUACAAGAGGGAGGGCACGAACAGAAGAAGAAGAAGUAGAAGGAACACUGCAUGUGGUACAGAUGCUGGAAUCUUUGAGUUGAUUGAAACAAAUAGAAAGCAGGCAAAAAAAAAAAGAAGAAAAGACAAAGCAAAGGAAGAGCGGAAACGUGAAGAGAAACGGGAGAGAGAGAAGAGAAGAAGAAAGAGAAGAGAGAAGAAAGCUUGAAGUUCUUUAGAAAGAGGAGAGAAAGAAAGAGACGGGGACGAUGGGGAGGAAAAAGAUUCAGAUCACGCGGAUUAUGGAUGAACGCAACAGACAGGUGACAUUUACAAAGAGAAAGUUUGGUCUGAUGAAGAAGGCGUAUGAGCUGAGCGUGCUGUGUGACUGUGAGAUUGCCCUGAUCAUCUUCAACAGCACCAACAAGCUGUUCCAGUAUGCCAGCACAGACAUGGACAAGGUCCUGCUUAAAUACACUGAGUACAAUGAGCCCCAUGAGAGCAGGACCAACUCUGAUAUUGUGGAGACAUUGAGAAAGAAGGGCCUAAACGGCUGUGACAGCCCAGAUCCCGACGCAGAUGACUCGGUUGGCCACAGCCCCGAGUCUGAGGACAAGUACAGGAAAAUAAACGAGGACAUUGAUCUGAUGAUCAGCAGACAGAGACUGUGUGCAUUGAGCAAGAAGGAGAACAAAGGUGGCGAGAGCCCGGAGCUCGAGUCUGCGCUCAUCCUCACCCCGCACACUGAGGAGAAAUACAAACAGAUUAACGAAGAGUUUGAUCACAUGAUUAAAACUCAUAAGAUACCUCAGGCCGUGCCCCCAUCGAACUACGACAUGCCCGUGUCCAUUCCUGUUAGCAACCAGAACAAUCUCAUAUACAGCCAUCCCGGUGGAUCCCUAGGCAACCACAAUCUGUUGCCACUGGCACACCACGGCCUACAGAGAAACAGCAUGUCUCCUGGAGUUACACACAGACCCCCCAGUGCAGGUGGCCUCAUGGGUGCCGACCUUACCACUGGCGCAGGCACCAGUGCUGGAAAUGGAUAUGGGAACCACCGCAACUCGCCUGGUCUGCUGGUUUCUCCAGGUGGCAUGAACAAGAACAUGCAGACUAAGUCUCCCCCACCCAUGAACCUGGGCAUGAACAACCGCAAACCUGACCUACGUGUGCUCAUCCCCCCUGGUGCCAAGAACAACAUGCCGUCCAUUAACCAGAGAAUAAACAACUCUCAGUCUGCUCAGUCACUGGCCACCCCAGUGGUAUCAGUAGCAACUCCUACUCUACCAGGACAAGGCAUGGGCGGUUACCCAUCUGCCAUUUCUACUUCUUAUGGUACCGAGUACUCCCUGAAUAGCACAGACCUGUCCUCCCUGUCUGGCUUCAACAGUGGCAGCUCUCUACACCUUGGUUCAAUGAGUGGGUGGCAACAGCAACACCUUCAGAACAUGCAGCAUUCAGCGCUGGGCCAGCUAGGAAAUUGUUCUAGCUCUCACUUAUGUCAGGGUUCAAAUCUGUCCCUGCCCUCUGCUCAAAGCCUCCACAUCAAGUCCGAACCUGUUUCUCCUCCUAGAGAUCGCACCAGCAGCACACCGGGGGGCUACGGUGGCGGGGUGCCACCUCCCCAGAACCCCUCGUCCCGCCAGGACUCGGGACGCUCCCCUGUUGAUAGCCUGAGCAGUUGUAGCAGCUCCCAUGAGGGCAGCGACCGCGAUGAGCACAGGAAUGAGUUCCACUCACCUCUGGGACUGGCCCGGCCCGCCCUGGAUGAGCGUGAGAGCCCCUCCAUCAAACGGGUACGCCUGUCAGAAGGAUGGGCGACAUGAUUGCACUGUCCACUCCUCUGCAGUGCCCCAAGUUGCCCCGAGCUCCCGACAAUGCAGCAUUACGAUGCCCCACAGUCAGCUCCCUCCUCUUCCUCCUCGCACUCGAUCUCAUGAGUCACUCACCGCCCAACCCCAUGGCCUCUCUCCUUUUUUCUCUUUAUUGAAGGAAAGCAAAGGGACAACCCUUUCCAAAAAUCUGUUUGUAAUUUCUUUUCCUUAUUUUUUGUUCCUUGUUUUGAUUUUGCUGAGUGUGCGUGUGUGUGCGUGUUAUACAUAUUGACAUUAUAUAAAGCAGUUGGGUGUUGUAAUGGGGGCUUGGGAGGGUAGUUGUUGUUUGGGAUGGGAUCUGGGGGUAUUUUUGUUGGGGAACUAUGCAUAAAUUGUAUUGUGGAAAAAAAAAAGAAUCAUGUAUGCAUAUAUCUUAACGCGUGUAACACGUGUCUACAGAUGUGCAUAUCAACAAAUACAAAAAAAAAGGUCAGGUACUCUGUUUCAUAAAACGUACUUACAAUUUGCCCCAGUGCUAUAUCAGUGAAUAGAGACAAAAAAAACCAACAAAAAACAACAAAAAAAAAAAACAAGAUGAGCGUGAUUGUGUCCAGUGAAAAACACCUUAGCACUUGAGUUGGACAAACAAUACAUGUGUACAGUAUCAGUUUCAUUGCUAUAGACCUUCUCUGCAGUUUUACCUUGCAAAAAUGUGUGUUAACAUUAGAUGAUGUCAUGUUGCAGGUUCAACGUAUUUAUGUAAAUAGCGGGUCAAAGGGGUAAAAGGGCCUGGGGUCAAAAGUCGCCAGACAUUACAAGAUUUAUUUACUCACUAAAUGAAAAAGCUAUUAUGCAACAUUUGAAGGAUUGUACAGGUAAACGAGAAAACCCGAUGCUAGAUGUGUGGAACCCUUGAUCGUUUUCGUGCUCCCCUUAAAGAACGGAGUGAGGACCACUCUUUGAUCUAAGAGCUAUGUCGGCGUAAUCAAGAAAAUCUCUGGAUCUAGUAUUAACUAUUCAGUAUUGAUAAACAAAAAAAAGAGAAAAAAACAAUUGUACAAUACACUUGCUUAUAUUUUCAUAUGAAAGGAAUAAAAUGCAAAGCAUUUUUGUGGCUUUUUGUAGUUUCUAUAAGCCAGAAUGUGUUUUUUGAUAGCUUUGCCAAUAAGAGAUGGAUAGUUCACCCAGAGGGGAAAUGACAGGGCUUCAAGCCCCAAGCCAUGAAAAACAGACUGAGAUCCAAUGCUUUGCUGAACUGUUUAAUCUUUGUAGAGGUUUGUUUUUAAACGUGUAUUUCUUAUUAUAUAUAAUAAUGGUAAUAUUAAGAAUCUUUUAAAAAAAAAAAUCUGUGAAAUUAACAUGCUUGUGUAUAGCUUUCUAAUAUAUAAAUAUAUAUAAUAAUGAUUUUUUUUUGUUGGUUUCUUAGUGAAGUUUCUAUGUGCUGUUGCACAUGUUGUCUGGUUUGUUUCAUUUGAACUCUGAACAGGGCUGUUUGGGCGGGGUGUUUAGACUAACCUUAAAAACCAGCUGGAAAGCAUUGCCAGGGUUGAAGCCUGAAUGCUGAAAAACCUCAUUUCUAGUGGAAAAUGUCACGAGGCUGAAUCUGGAGACCACACAGAAAUAAAUGUUGACACGUAACGUACACGAUUGUCACACUGAUGAGGAAAUAUGACAAAGCCGGAGUCUCCGAAUACAUUUUUAUGCAUCCGGAUAUUUCGUUAGGAGUCCAAAUUAUUAUAAUUUAAUAAUCGCAGUCAUAAAACAGAGAUUUGACCUCAUCGAUUUUGAAUACCACCUUCAAUUUUCGACCCACUCUACCUUGUGUUGGAGAUGUUGCUCAGACGCAAACUGUAAAAUCUUCCUUUGAAUCGCAUUAACGUAAUGCGAUUUAUGCAUCGUGAUUAAGUACUCUUGUUUUCAAACCUAAUUUAAUUCUGUGUCGCUCCAGUCUCGAAAACAGGGUUCCACAUCCUUUACCACACUGUCACAGACAGUUCAGCGUAAGACACAAAAAAGAACAAACUGAUCAUGCUGGUAUGGGAGAAGCACAAUUGUUUAUUCUUGAUGAAUAGCUUUGAUUUUCUCUUUUUUAAACAAUGAAACUAGCCACAUAUCUCUCCGCCUCCCACACCCGUAUCUGCUGUCACUUAAGUGUUAUGAUAUUUCUAUGUGCAUAUUUCAUGCAGGAUCACUAGGUUGUUACUGUAUACAGUCUGUGUAGUCAAAUGGGGCAGAGCCUCUAUAACAGUGUUUUUCUUCUUCUUCUUCUUUUUUUUAAACUUCAAUAGAAAAAAAAAGGUUGGGAAAAAAAUAAACAUGAUGUUUCAGGCAGCAUAAGUGUGGAGAAACCAAAGCCAGUGGCAUUUCUGUGUUGUAAAGUCAGCUUUUAUUUUCACAUUCAUAUAUGGGUUUUUGUUUUUGUUUUUUUUGUUUUUUUGUUUUUUUUGCAAGCAUUGAAACAAGAUAAUAAAAGAUUCUGCUUAAAUUCA